AUGAUUGAUGUCCAUCCAAAGCCAUCUGAAGAAAAUUGUCGCACUAGUGACAGCUCGAUGUAUCUCAGUUCUGAAACGGGAACCUUGUUCGUUUUCUUCACUGGCGGAAUCGUACUUCUGACUCUUAUUGUGAAUGGGUCAACUACACAGUUUGUUUUACAUGUUCUAGAUAUGGAUAAGCUAUCAGCUACCAAGAAGCGUAUAUUGAACUAUACAAAGUAUGAAAUGUUGAAUAAAGCACUAGAGGCUUUUGGUGAUCUUGGAGAUGAUGAGGAACUUGGACCUGUUGACUGGCCUACGGUCAAAAGAUACAUUGCAAGCUUAGAUAAUUUGGAAGGUUCAUGUGAACACCCUCAUAGUGCAUUUGAAGCUGAUAAUAAUUUAGAGCCAAAUAAUUUGAAAGAUUUACGGAUACGCCUUCUAAAUGGAGUCCAGGCUGCUUAUUGGGGAAUGCUUGAUGAGGGAAGGAUAAUGCAAACAACUGCAAAUAUUUUGAUGCAAUCAGUAGAUGAAGCAAUUGACUUGGCUUCCCAUGAGCCUCUAUGUGAUUGGAAGGGCUUGCGGUCCAAUGUUCAUUUUCCAAGUUAUUACAAGCUCCUUCAAGCAAGCAUUAUCCCUCGAAAAAUGGUUACUUUUUUCACUGUGGAGAGGCUUGAAUCUGCAUGCUAUAUUUGUGCUGCAUUUCUACGUGCCCAUAGAAUUGCCCGUCGGCAACUACAUGACUUUAUUGGUUCAAAAUCUAAUAAGACUGAUGACAACAUGGAAAGUAGUGGAAGAAUUUGUAUACCAUCAUAUGAGGCAAUCAUGUGCCCAAAAUUCAUAGUCGUUCAUGGCACAGAUAAAACUGGAGUCGUAGUUCAUGUUGAGAUUGUUGCUUAUUCUAAUGGUGACAGUGAUAUUGCUUCUAUAGUCAUUAACGAAAGCGAGGCAGAAGGAGAAGAAGCAAGAAAGUUCUUGGAAGAUGUUCGUGUUACAUUUCCUCAGGUUUUACGUGUUGUGAAGACAAGACAAGUAACAUAUUCAGUGCUGAACCAUUUAACUGAUUAUGUCCAAAAUCUUGAGAAGGUUGGGUUAUUGGAAGAAAAGGAGAUGCUUCAUCUUCAUGAUGCUGUCCAGACCGACUUGAAAAGACUUCUUAGAAAUCCUCCUUUAGUAAAGGUUCCCAAAAUUACUGAUUUGAUUGGUGUCCAUCCGCUGUUGGGGGCCCUUCCUUCUUUGGUGCGUGGACCCCUUGAAGGUUCUGCCAAAGAAGUAAUGAAACCACGUGGCGUGCACCUUUACAAAGAAGGCUCCAAGCCCAAUGGUGUCUGGCUUAUUUCCAAUGGUGUUGUCAAGGAAAGUGCAAUCAUUCUUGCCAAACUCCUGCUUCCUCAAGUAUUUGAAAAAAUGUCAAUGCAAGAACUGAGAGCCCUUGUUGCAGAGAGGUCAGUGAUCACCACGUACAUUAGGGGAGAAACUAUAGAAGUACCAAAUCAUUCUACUGGCUUUCUAUUAGAAGGAUUCAUAAAAGCCCAUGGUUUCCAAGAAGAAUUAAUUGCAUCACCUGCAGUGCUUUUACCUCUGAAAGGAAAUCAAAGCUCUCAAAACAUAGAGAUAUCAGGACUUGCUCAACGAGCACUCCGGGCACCAACCAUCAAGCCACGGCCUGCCAGAAUAGGAAUAUUUUGCACUCGCGAGAAUGUCAAAAAUAGUGCCCAGGCAGCCAGUUUCACUCAUCACAGAUCCCGGUAUCAAGUUGAGACAAGAGCGAGGGUAAUCAUUUUUGACAUUGCAGCAUUUGAAGCUGAUGGUGCUUUGAGGAGGAUAUCAUCCUCAGUGUUGGUUGAUCACCCCCAUAGACCUUUAACAAGAGAGCAUGGUGGCCUUGUGAGUUGGCCUGAAAAUUUUUACCCACCAAGGGAACGUAAGCAGAACUCUGAAGGGACUGAUCGACCAGCAAAUAGCUUGUCUGCAAGAGCAAUGCAGCUGAGUAUCUUUGGCAGCAUGGUUGACAUGCGGAGGCGUGCCCACAGCUUUUCCAGUAGCCAAGUUAAGCGAUCACACAGUGUUUCAGGUUUAAGAACUGAAUCAUUUCGUAGCCGCCAACAAGUUCCUGUCCCGUCUGGAGCCACCAGUGCAAGGAGGAGUUUUGAAGUGAGAAAUUUGAGGGGAAAGGCUCCUACUCCCCCAAUGCAGAGUACAGGCAUAAAUGAGGCUCGUAUUAUAGAUAAUUACAGUGAUGAAUCUGAUGCUGAAGACGAAUUCGUCGUAAGAAUUGAUUCACCUAGUAGGCUUUCAUUCCGUCAUGCUUCUUAA